GAGUGGUUAUGUCUCAACUGCCAGAUGCAGAGAGCAUUAGGAGCAACUGAGCCUCCUGGAACGCCUAUGAUGAAACCAGCGGGUUCAUCCAACAAAGUUCCUAGCUCAGCUGACCAACUCAAGAACCUCCAAAUUAAUUCAAAGGACAGUAAGAAGACAGUUACAGAAAUUAAAGCUGAAGCGGAGGCUGCUAAAGGGCCAGAGAUUCCGAAACAGUCAAGUCCAUCUCCCGGUCAGAAAACCCCACAGGAGAGCCGGAAGAUGUCAGCUCCUCCGAAACCUCCAGACCAGACCAAUCAACCUGCAAGGAAGCAGAGCACCCAGCAGGAGUCUGGGGGAUUCUUUGGCUUUGGAGGUUCAAAGGCUCAACCUGAUGCUGCAAAGCCUGAAGAGUCAGUCACUGGGAAGAUGUUUGGCUUUGGUUCCUCCAUCUUCAACUCUGCGUCCACCUUGAUAACCACACCACCUGUUUCUCCAAAAAUGGCUGCCGCAAAGGACACCAAACCACCUGCUGUCCAGAAAGCAGAGCAAGAGAAGAGACCAGAGCAGCCUCAGCAGGCCAAGGCUUCACCAUCAGUACAGGCCAAAGUGGACAAAGCUCCAUCAGAGCCUCCAAAGGCAGCAGCUUCCCAAGCUGCUCCUAAAGCAGGCCAGUCCACCUGUCCACUCUGUAAGGUGGGACUCAACAUGGGCUCCAAGGAUCCUCCCAACUACAACACCUGCACGGAUUGUAAGAACAGGGUCUGCAACCAGUGUGGAUUUAACUCAAUGCCAAAUGAAACGGGGGUAAAGGAGUGGUUAUGUCUGACCUGUCAGAUGCAGAGGGCUUCGAACGCGGCUGCAUUACCUUCAAAACCCAAUCUCUCGCCAAACAAAGCAGUUGACCAGAGUAAUCCAUCUGUUUCAGAUGCACAGAAAAAACAAGGAGGGCUCUUUGGUGCCAUUGGUUCUAAAACACAACCUGACACUUCGAAAACAACAGAGUCUGUUACAGGGAAGAUGUUUGGCUUUGGUUCUUCCGUUUUCAGCUCAGCAUCCACUUUGUUGACCUCAUCUGCUCAGGAGGAGUCCAGUGUAACACCACCAGGUUCGCGUAAGAUGUCUGGACAAGCUCAGGGUUCCCGCAGGUUAUCAGCGGUCCCAAAGAUCUCUCCAAAUAGUACGCCCACAGGAUCUCCUAAAAUGUCCCCUUCAAAGGAAGCUAAACCACCCAAGAUGCCGACGCUGGAGGGAGAGAAGAAGCCAGAGCAGCCUCAGCAGGCCAAGGCUUCACCAUCAGUACAGGCCAAAGUGGACAAAGCUCCAUCAGAGCCUCCAAAGGCAGCAGCUUCCCAAGCUGCUCCUAAAGCAGGCCAGUCCACCUGUCCACUCUGUAAGGUGGGACUCAACAUGGGCUCCAAGGAUCCUCCCAACUUCAACACCUGCACGGAUUGUAAGAACACUGUCUGCAACCAGUGUGGUUUCAAUCCCCAGCCAAAUGUAGCAGAGAAGGAGUGGUUAUGUCUCAACUGCCAGAUGCACAGAGCACUAGGAGCAUCAGAGCCUCCUGGAACUCCAUUCAUGAAACCACCACCAUCACCCAGUAAACUGCCAGCUGCUCCUGAUACCCAGAAUAAGGACAUCCCAAAACCACAUAAACCUCAGGAGAAAGAAACAGCCCUGCACGAUGAACAAAUCAAGAAGGAAGCUUCAACAACUAUAUCUACUCCGGGGAAACAGUCAACACCUGCAUUGCAGCAACCCAUAUCUGUGGUUGAUAAAGAAGUCAAUAUAGAGAGUAAGAAAAACCAAGCGCCGACACAGAAAAAGCUAGUUGGGAGCAUGCCGGACAACUCAGCCUCUGCCAAACAACAGGACUCAGGAGGGUUAUUUGGCUUUGGAGGUCCUAAAACGAAUGCUGAUGCUGCAAAACCUACAGAGUCAGUUACUGGGAAGAUGUUUGGCUUUGGUUCCUCCAUCUUCAACUCUGCGUCCACCUUGAUAACCACACCACCUGUUUCUCCAAAACUGCCAGCCGCAAAGGACACCAAAACACCUGCUGUCCAGAAAGCAGAGCAAGAGAAGAAACCAGAGCAACCUCAGCAGGCCAAGGCUUCACCAUCAGUACAGGCCAAAGUGGAGAAAGCUCCAUCAGAGCCUCCAAAGGCAGCAGCUUCCCAAGCUGCUCCUAAAGCAGGCCAGUCCAGCUGUCCACUCUGUAAGGUGGGACUCAACAUAGGCUCCAAGGAUCCUCCCAACUACAACACCUGUACGGAUUGCAGGAAUACUGUCUGCAACCAGUGUGGAUUUAAUCUAAUGCCGAGUAAAACAGAGGUGAAGGAGUGGCUGUGUCUCAACUGCCAGAUGCAGAGGGCUCUGGGAGCCUCCGAGGCUCCAGGACAACUAGCGGUCAAACCCCAGGCCUCCCCGAAGAAAGUCUCUCCGUCUCCUGAACCCCAGAAGAAAGUUAUCUCUGACUCAGGGCAAGAGAGUCAAAAGCAGUUGAGUCCUGCUCCUGGUCAGAAAACACCACAGGAGAGUAGGAGGACAUCAGGUCCUCAGAAACCUCCAGACCAGACAAAUCAAACUGGAAGAAAGCAGAGCACCCAACAGGAGUCUGGGGGAUUCUUUGGCUUUGGAGGUUCUAAGGCUCAGCCCGAUGCUGCAAAGCCUGAAGAGUCAGUCACUGGGAAGAUGUUUGGCUUUGGAUCUCAAAUCUUUAGCUCUGCAUCCACCUUGAUAACCACACCGCCUGUUUCUCCAAAAAUGGCUGCCGCAAAGGACACCAAACCACCUGCUGUCCAGAAAGCAGAGCAAGAGAAGAAACCAGAGCAACCUCAGCAGGCCAAGGCUUCACCAUCAGUACAGGCCAAAGUGGACAAAGCUCCAUCAGAGCCUCCAAAGGCAGCAGCUUCCCAAGCUGCUCCUAAAGCAGGCCAGUCCACCUGUCCUCUCUGUAAGGUGGGACUCAACAUGGGCUCCAAGGAUCCUCCCAACUACAACACCUGCACGGAUUGUAAGAACAGGGUCUGCAACCAGUGUGGAUUUAAUCCAAUGCCGACUAAAACAGAGGUGAAGGAGUGGCUGUGUCUCACCUGCCAGAUGCAGAGGGCUCUGGGAGCUUCUGAAGCUCCAGGACAACUAGCGGUCAAACCCCAAGCCUCCCCGAAGAAAGUCUCUCCGUCUCCUGAACCCCAGAAGAAAGUUAUCUCUGAGUCAGCCGGGUCUCCUCAAAGAAAGCAGUCAAUGCCAGCUGCAGAUCUAACCAAGGAUGAUAUUGCUAAAGGGCAAGACGGGCAAAAGCAGUCGAGUCCAUCUCCUGGUCAGAAAACACCACAGGAGAGUCGGAAGACGUCAGGUCCUCAGAAACCUCCAGACCAGACCAAUCAAACUGGAAGAAAGCAGAGCACCCAACAGGAGUCUGGGGGAUUCUUUGGCUUUGGAGGUUCUAAGGCUCAGCCUGAUGCUGCAAAGCCUGAAGAGUCAGUCACUGGGAAGAUGUUUGGCUUUGGUUCCUCCAUCUUUAACUCUGCGUCAACCUUGAUAACCACACCACCUGUUUCUCCAAAAAUGUCAGCUGCAAAGGACACCAAACCACCUGCUGUCCAGAAAGCAGAGCAAGAGAAGAAACCAGAGCAACCUCAGCAGGCCAAGGCUUCACCAUCAGUACAGGCCAAAGUGGACAAAGCUCCAUCAGAGCCUCCGAAGGCAGCAGCUUCCCAAGCUGCUCCCAAAGCAGGCCAGUCCACCUGUCCACUCUGUAAGGUGGGACUCAACAUGGGCUCCAAGGACCCUCCCAACUUCAACACCUGCACGGAUUGUAAGAACACCGUCUGCAACCAGUGUGGAUUUAAUCCCCAGCCAAAUAGCACAGGGGUGAAGCAGUGGCUGUGUCUCACCUGCCAGAUGCAGAGGGCUCUUCAAGCAUCUGAAGCUCCAGGGCAACCUUCGGUCAAAGCUCAGGCCUCCCUGAAGAAAGUCUCUCCGUCUCCUGAACCCCAGAAGAGAGUAAUCUCUGAGUCAGCCGGAUCUCCUCAAAGAAAGCAGUCAAUGCCAGCUGCAGAUCCAAACAAGACGGAAGUCGCUAAUGGUCAAGAUAGCCAGAAACACUUGAGUAAAGGUCCUGUUCAGGCAACACCAGAUGAAAGCCAGAGGAAGUCAGGUCCUCAGAAACCAGUAGACCAGAAUAAUCAAACCGGACGAAAGCAGAGCACUCAGCAGGAGUCUGGGGGAUUCUUUGGCUUUGGAGGUUCUAAGGCUCAGCCUGAUGCUGCAAAGCCUGAAGAGUCAGUCACUGGGAAGAUGUUUGGCUUUGGUUCCUCCAUCUUCAACUCUGCAUCCACCUUGAUAACCACACCACCUGUUUCACCAAAAAUGGCCGCCGCAAAGGACACCAAAACACCUGCUGUCCAGAAAGCAGAGCAAGAUAAGAAACCAGAGCAACCUCAGCAGGCCAAGGCUACACCAUCAGUACAGGCCAAAGUGGACAAAGCUCCAUCAGAGCCUCCAAAGGCAGCAGCUUCCCAAGCUGCUCCUAAAGCAGGCCAGUCCACCUGUCCACUCUGUAAGGUGGGACUCAACAUGGGCUCCAAGGAUCCUCCCAACUACAACACCUGCACGGAUUGUAAGAACACUGUCUGCAACCAGUGUGGAUUUACCUCGAUGCCAAAUGAAACAGGGGUGAAGGAGUGGCUGUGUCUCACCUGCCAGAUGCAGAGGGCUCUACAAGCAUCUGAAGCUCAAGGACAACCGUUGGUCAAGCCUCAGGCCUCACCGAAGAAAGUCUCUCCAUCUCCUGAACCCCAGAAGAAAGUAAUCUCUGAGUCAGUUGGAUCACCCCAAAGAAAGCAGUCAAUGCCAGCUGCAGAUCCAAGCAAGGAUGAAGUUGCUAAAGGACAAGACGUGCAAAAGCAGUUGAGUCCAUCUCCUGCUCAGAAAACACCACAGGAGAGCCGGAAGAUGUCAGGUCCUCAGAAACCUCCAGACCAGACAAAUCAAACUGAACGAAAGCAAAGCACCCAACAGGAGUCUGGGGGAUUCUUUGGCUUUGGAGGUUCUAAGGCUCAGCCUGAUGCUGCAAAGCCUGAAGAGUCAGUCACUGGGAAGAUGUUUGGAUUUGGUUCCUCCAUCUUCAACUCUGCAUCCACCUUGAUAACCACGCCACCUGUUUCUCCAAAAAUCUCUAAGGACACCAAAACACCUGCUGUCCAGAAAGCAGAGCAAGAGAAGAAACCAGAGCAGCCUCAGCAGGCCAAGGCUUCACCAUCAGUACAGGCUAAGGUGGACAAAGCUCCAUCAGAGCCUCCAAAGGCAGCAGGCUCCCAAGCUGCUCCUAAAGCAGGCCAGUCCACCUGUCCACUCUGUAAGGUGGGACUCAACAUGGGCUCCAAGGAUCCUCCCAACUUCAACACCUGCACGGAUUGUAAGAACACCGUCUGCAACCAGUGUGGAUUUACUUCGAUGCCAAAUGAAACAGGGAUGAAAGAGUGGCUCUGCCUCACCUGCCAGAUGCAGAGGGCUCUUCGAGCCUCUGAAGCUCCAGGACAACCGUUGGUGAUAUCCCAGGCCUCCCCGAAGAAAGUCUCUCCAUCUCCUGAACACCAGAAGAAAGUAAUCUCUGAGUCAGCCGGGUCUCCUCAAAGAAAGCAGUCAAUGCCAGCUGCAAGUGAAAACAAGGAUGAAGUUGCUAAAGGACAAGACGUGCAAAAGCAGUCGAGUCCAUCUCCCGGUCAAAAAACACCACAGGAGAUCCGGAAGUUGUCAGGUCCUCAGAAACCUCCAGACCAGAUCAAUCAAACUGGAAGAAAGCAGAGCACCCAACAGGAGUCUGGAGGCUUCUUUGGCUUUGGAGGUUCAAAGGCUCAGCCUGAUGCUGCAAAGCCUGAAGAGUCAGUCACUGGGAAGAUGUUUGGCUUUGGUUCCUCCAUCUUCAACUCUGCAUCCACCUUGAUAACCACACCACCUGUUUCUCCAAAAAUAGCUGCCGCAAAGGACACCAAACCACCUGCUGUCCAGAAAGCAGAGCAAGAGAAGAGACCAGAGCAACCUCAGCAGGCCAAGGCUUCACCAUCAGUACAGGCCAAAGUGGACAAAGCUCCAUCAGAGCCUCCAAAGGCAGCAGCCUCCCAAGCUGCUCCUAAAGCAGGCCAGUCCACCUGUCCACUCUGUAAGGUGGGACUCAACAUGGGCUCCAAGGAUCCUCCCAACUACAACACCUGCACUGAUUGUAAGAACACCGUCUGCAACCAGUGUGGAUUUACCUCAAUGCCAAAUGAAACAGGGAUGAAAGAGUGGCUGUGCCUCACCUGCCAGAUGCAGAGGGCUCUUCGAGCCUCUGAAGCUCCAGGACAACCGUUGGUGAUACCUCAGGCCUCCCCGAAGAAAGUCUCUCCAUCUCCUGAACCCCAGAAGAAAGUAAUCUCUGAGUCAGCCGGAUCUCCCCAAAGAAAGCAGUCAAUGCCAGCUGCAAGUGAAAACAAGAAUGAAGUUGCUAAAGGACAAGACGGGCCAAAGCAGUCGAGUCCAUCUCUUGGUCAGAAAACCCCACAGGAGAGUCGGAAGACGUCAGGUCCUCAGAAACCUCCAGUCCAGACCAAUCAAACUGGAAGAAAGCAGAGCACCCAACAGGAGUCUGGAGGCUUCUUUGGCUUUGGAGGUUCUAAGGCUCAGCCAGAUGCUGCAAAGCCUGAAGAGUCAGUCACUGGGAAGAUGUUUGGCUUUGGUUCCUCCAUCUUCAACUCUGCGUCCACCUUGAUAACCACACCACCUGUGUCUCCGAAAAUGGCAGCCGCAAAGGACACCAAACCACCUGCUGUCCAGAAAGCAGAGCAAGAGAAGAAGCCAGAGCAACCUCAGCAGGCCAAGGCUUUACCAUCAGUACAGGCCAAAGUGGACAAAGCUCCAUCAGAGCCUCCAAAGGCAGCAGCUUCCCAAGCUGCUCCUAAAGCAGGCCAGUCCACCUGUCCACUCUGUAAGGUGGGACUCAACAUGGGCUCCAGCGAUCCUCCCAACUUCAACACUUGUACUGAUUGCAAGAAUAGUGUCUGUAACCAGUGUGGCUUCAAUCCCCAGCCAAAUAGCACAGGGGUGAAGGAGUGGCUGUGCCUCACCUGCCAGAUGCAGAGGGCUCUACAAGCAUCUGAAGCACCAGGACAACCUUUGGUCAAGCCUCAGGCCUCACUGAAGAAUGUCCCUCAAUCUCCUGUACCCCAGAAGAAAGUAAUCUCUGAGUCAGUUGGAUCACCCCAAAGAACACAGUCGAUACCAGCUGCAAAAGGACAAGAUGGUCAAAAGCAGUUGAGUCCAUCUCUUGGUCAGAAAACACCACAGGAGAGCCUGAAGAUGUCAGGUCCUCAGAAAUCUCCAGACCUGACCAAUCAAACUGGAAGAAAGCAGAGCACCCAACAGGAGUCUGGAGGCUUCUUUGGCUUUGGAGGUUCUAAGGCUCAGUCUGAUGCUGCAAAGCCUGAAGAGUCAGUCACUGGGAAGAUGUUUGGCUUUGGUUCCUCAAUCUUCAACUCUGCGUCCACCUUGAUAACCACACCACCUGUUUCUCCAAAAAUGUCUGCUGCAAAGGGCACAAAACAGCCCGCUGUCCAGAAGGUAGAGCAAGAGAAGAAACCAGAGCAACCCGAGCAGGCCAAGGCUUCACCAUCAGUACAGGCCAAAGUGGACGAAGCUCCAUCAGAGCCUCCAAAGGCAGCAGCUUCCCAAGCUGCUCCUAAAGCAGGCCAGUCCACCUGUCCUCUCUGUAAGGUGGGACUCAACAUGGGCUCCAAGGAUCCUCCCAACUUCAACACCUGCACUGAUUGCAAGAACACCGUCUGCAACCAGUGUGGAUUUAACCCCAAUCCAACUGUAGAUAAGGUGAGAGAGUGGCUGUGCCUCACCUGUCAGAUGCAAAGAGCUCUGUCAGCUUCUGAACCUGAAAAGACUCCACGGCCGCAACCCCAGGCAUCACAAAACAAAGUGCUUGAAUCUGAACAGUGUGUCACCCCGGUCUCAUCACAAACUAAAGAUACUCCAACUCCUGGUAUCAUAGACAAGGUUGAGGAGAAACCAACUCAUGUUCUGCCUCAGGCCACAGAGACAUCCCAUCCUGGUUUAUUCAAAGUAAAGGAGGCACCAGGACCUGCUCCGUCCCACAUCAAGGAGACCUCAAGUCCUGCUCUAUCCCAAGACAAGGACAUAACAAGUGCACUUCCGCCACAAGCCAGGGUGACUUCAACAUCUGGUCCACCUCAGGCCACAGAAAUAUCAAGUCCAGCUCUACCCAAGGCCACAGAGAUUCCAAGUCCUUCUCCACCACAGGCCAGGGAGACACCAAGUCUUAGUACACCAAAGCCAACAGAGACACCAUGUCAUGAUCAACCCCAGGUUAAGGAGAUUCCUAGACUUAGUCCACCACAGGCUGAAGAGAAACCAAUUGCUGCUUCACCACAGGUGAUGGAUGCACCAAGUCCUAGCCCACCGCAGGAGACCGAAACACCAAGUCAUGAUCCACCCCAUGCUAAGGAGACAUCUAGUCCUGGUCCACCACAGGCCAAGGAGGAACCGAUCCCUGCUUCAGCACACGUUAAGGAGACCCCGACCCAUAUUCCAGCACAGGAAACUGAGACAACAAGUCCUGCUAUACCCCAGGUUAAGGCGACGUUGAGUCCUGCUCCACCGCCGGCCAAGGAAGCAACAAUUAGUGAACCCAAACUCAAUGGAACCUCUAAGGUGGUUGAUAAUAAGAUGGAGGCCUUUGUUUCAGCCACAGACAUUGUGACUCUAAAAGGGAAUGAAGAACUUGCUAAAAUCACUCUGGAGAAAGGAGUGAAGGCACAUGAAGAACGCCUUCCUGGUGUACAACCACAGAAUCUUGAAACAGUACCUUCUAUGGAGAAUGUUUGCAAACCAUCUCAAGACUCUCCAAAUAAUGGCACCUCUCCUGCCAAAUCUGUAAUCCCAGCAGCUCAGUCUGCAAAUCAGACAUCUGGGGGACUUGGCUCGGGAAGUCCUAAAUCAGAGCAUAUGCCUUCAAACACAACAGAGUCAGUAAAGGGGAAGAUGUUUGGUUUUGGUUCAUCAAUCUUCAGCUCUGCAUCCACUUUGAUAACGUCUGCUGUCCAAGAAGAUUCACGUACAACACCACCAGGGUCUCGCAAGAUGUCUCCACCAGCUCAGGUUUCCCGCAAGAUGUCCACUACAACCGAUAUUUCUCAAAAAUCCACACCACCCGUCUCACCAAAACUUCUUCCCUCAAAGGACACCAAACCAACUCCUGUCAAGAAAGCGGAGCAAGAGAAGAACCCAGAACAGCCUCAGCAGGCUCCAUCAUCACCAUCAGUACAGGCCAAAGUGGAAAAAAAUCCAUCAGAGCCUCUAAAGGUAGCGGCUUCCCAAGCUCUGCCUAAUGCAAGCCAGUCCACCUGUCCACUCUGUAAGGUGGGACUCAACAUGGGUUCCAAGGAUCCUCCCAACUUCAACACCUGCACUGAUUGUAAGAACACUGUUUGCAACCAGUGUGGAUUUAAUCCUAUGCCAACAUCAGUAGAGAUGAAGGAAUGGCUAUGUCUCAAUUGUCAAAUGCAGAGAGCCCUAGGAGUAUCUGAACCACCUGGCCUUCCUAUGAUUAAAUCUCAACCAUCUUCAGUACAGAUGACAAACAAACCUGCCCCCUCACCCAUGGACCAGGGAGCAGUACCAAUUACUACUGAGGACAGGACUCCUAAGCACCUCUCACACAAGCAGGAGCCUGUGACAUUAUCCACUGGGAAAGAAAAGGAAUCACCUCCACAAGAUGUAUCAAAAUCACAGAUUUCCCCAUCAGUUCCCCAACAAUCAAAACCCCAGCCUUCACAAACGUUGAGCCCCUCUGCCAAGUCUGCCCCUCCUACAACACAGAAUGUCAAAAAGGAGUCUGGUGGUUUCUUUGGCUUUGGAGGUCCGAAACCCGAACCUGUUUCUACCAAGCCUGCAGAGUCGGUUACUGGAAAAAUGUUUGGCUUUGGUUCCUCGAUCUUCAACUCUGCGUCCACCCUGAUAACCACACCACCUGUUUCUCCAAAAAUGUCUGCCACAAGGGACACCAAACCACCUCCUAUCCAGAAAGCAGAGCAAGAGAAGAAGCCAGUGCAACCUCAGCAGGCCAAGGCUCCCCCAUCACCAUCAAUACCAGCCAUAGUGGACAAAGGUCCAUCAGAGCCUCCAAAGGCAGCAGCUUCCCAAGCUGCUCCUAAAGCAGGCCAGUCCACCUGUCCACUCUGUAAGGUGGGACUCAACAUGGGCUCCAAGGAUCCUCCUAACUACAACACCUGCACUGAUUGUAAGAAUACUGUCUGCAACCAGUGUGGAUUUAAUCCAAUGCCAAACACAAAAGAGAUAAAGGAGUGGCUUUGCCUCAAUUGCCAAAUGCAGAAAGCAUUAGGAGCAUCUGACCCCACUGUACCACCCAUGAUGAAAUCACCAAGUCAAAUUCCCAGUCACGCUGUCCUUCAAGAGAAAGACAAACAAUUGGGCAAACAUGAAAUCCCUGUAGCUGGUGCUCAAUUGCCAACCCUGACCAAAAAGGAUGAUAAGCUCAUACCAGAGUCUUCAGAGAGCAAAGCGGUCAUUUCAGGUGCGGUGUCGGAAGAAAAAGGUCUGUCUCUUAACCAGCAUAAACAACAACCUGGGGUCAAACCGCCAAGUGUAGAACUAUUUAAUGCAUCAAAGGCAGAUGCUAAACCAGGGCCGGGACAACAUGAAUUGGAUAAGCCAUUGAAUAAGGUUCCAAAAGCUGAAAUUCCUUCUACCAAAUCUGCACCAGCACCACCCCAGCCUCUAAAAACGGAGGCAGGGAGCUUCUUCGGGUUUGGUGGAGCUAAAUCCCAACCCACACCUAGCAAGCCUGCAGAGUCAGUUACUGGAAAGAUGUUUGGCUUUGGUUCCUCUAUCUUCAACUCUGCAUCCACCUUGAUAACCACACCACCAGCAUCCCCAAAACUAUCAACUGCGAAGGACACCAAACCACCUGCUGUCCAGAAAGCAGAGCAAGAGAAGAAACCAGAGCAACCUCAGCAGGUCAAGGCUUCACCAUCAGUACAGGCCAAAGUGGACAAAGCUCCACCAGAGCCUCCAAAGGCAGCAGCUUCCCAAGCUGCUCCUAAAGGCCAGUCCACCUGUCCACUCUGUAAGGUGGGACUCAACAUGGGCUCCAAGGAUCCUCCCAACUACAACGCCUGUACUGAUUGUAAGAACAAUGUCUGCAACCAGUGUGGAUUUAAUCCGAUGCCACAUUCUGCAGCAGAGGAAUGGCUUUGUCUGAACUGCCAGACUCAGAGAGCUCUGUCAGGACAGCUGGGAGACUCGAGGGAACUGUCCCAUGUUUCACCUGCACCUGCCAAGCCUUUGACACAGUCCACGGCUCCACCCUCAAAGAUGGAACCCACCACUGUGCCGGCGCAGGAUGGGUCGACAGCUCCUCCCACCAAGGCAGAGUCAACAGCCGUGGCCAAAAACGAAGAGUCUUCUGCACUCACCGCUACGUUCGGCAAGCUGGUUGCCCGGCCAACAGAAACUCCAAUUCAGAAAGAAGAGUCUAAACCUCCUGUCCCAAAAGAGCAGGAGGAUCCUGUCAAACCAGAGGACACCACCGCCAGCGUAACAACAACAGGAGCGUCCCUUGAAACCAGGGCUGCAACAGUUCAACAAAAGGCAGAGAUGGCAGAUGUGAAUACUGCCAAAAUGGACAUCAUUACGGCUGUAUCUACAAACGAUAACACAAUGACCAUAAAAAUGGAAUGUCCUGCUACUAAGGAGGAGAAGGACGCUAAACCUAGCAUACCUGUUGCGAUUGCUGUGGCUGUCCCUGUGACUGAGGCCUUGGUAAGACCACUUUCUCUUGUUCAUGAAAAGGUCAGCACAGUACCUCCGGAGAUAACCCCUGCACCCACUCUGGCUGCUGAACACAUCAAUGAUCCGGAGAAGGUUGUCGAGGAAGAACAUGUGCAGCCCUGCAGUGUCACAUUGAUCGCAGAAGCGACAAAACCUUUAGGGCAGCAAGUCGAGGUCCAACAGGAGCAAGAUCAAAUGCAGCCAGCAAUGGGUCAAAGGCCGCUUGAUCUGCCGGACAUCGUCACAUUGAAUGGCAAGGAAGUGGCUGAAAAGAACAAAAUCAUUACAGAGCACCAAUCAGCGGCCUCAGAUACAACCAUUUGUAAUGAUGAGUCCACAGAAGAGCCCAUUCAAGUGAGAAAAGCUUCUCUCUCUGCUGGACAGGAAAAUGUUAUCCUGACUUCAGAGCCAGAGUUAAAGACAAGUGAUGCAAACAGAAAAACAGACCAGUCACAACUAGUUACAGAUGUGAGGGAAAUAGUCGAUAUUCCUGUUGAAGAUGCAAUCAACGAUUCAUCUCUGCAAAUAAAUGAGGCAGUUAAAGAGAGGAGACGCCUUAGUUUCCAACCAAUGGAGGAGAGCAGUGCAAGUGAGUUUUCACCUUCCCCUUCACCUCGAGUCCAGAGGAGAAGGCUUAAGAUUACCUCCAUUUCGUCAAGCAGUGAGGAUAUUAAAACGGAAAGUGCUGAAUCAUCUGCAGAGGAUGAAGACUUUAUCCGACAGCAGAUAAUGGGUAUGGGUGGUGAAGAGGAAAUGUCUCUCUCUGAGGAUGAGAAAGACAGGAAACUGACAAGCGAUGAAGCCGUCAUUGAGGUUGGCGUUGAUAAUGCUCCAGUGACAACCCAGCAACAGCUGACUAAAGUGGAUACAGAUAAUGAAGACCAACUGGCAAGGAGGAUGUCCCAGCCAGGGAUAGAUGCUGGAAUCACACAAGAUGACCCUGAAACGGCGCCAUCCACUGUUAUCAAAAAGGCAACGCCAGUGACGAGAAUGAGACAGAGUACUGAUGAAGAUGUUGAAAGUAUCACUGAAUCUCUAUCGAAGGGCUCAUCAAGCGUUCAGGCAUCUAGCUUCACUCCAGAGAAUUCUCACACGUCCGCCUCUUCUCUGGAGGAGGAUAGUGACAGCAGCCCAAGUCACAAAAAAGUGGACAAGCACCACCGCAAAGCAAAGCACAGGCAACCAGGCCAAACUCUCCCCACCAUUGCAGACUCUUCUGAGGAGGAUGAGGUAAAGGAAGAAAGGGAGAUCUUUGGAGAUCAACAAACUACAAAAGAUGGUGACCAUGUUGAAAAGAGGAUUACCAAGAAGUCUCGCAAAGACAAAGACGAAUUUAAAUCCCAAAGAAAACACGCUGAAUUAGUUUCAACAACCAGCUAUGCCUCUCCACUGGAGGAUACCUCACAUUCAGACGAUUUCCCUCGGUCCAAAGCGAUUGGGGAAGCCAACAUGACCACUAGCUCAGAGAACUGUAGCAGUGUAGAACAUGAACCAGAUGCCACUGUUGAUGUGCAGACAGGAAGCAAGCCCUCACCAACAGUCAUACCAAUGAUCCCUGCUGAUCAAUCUGGCAAUAUCUUUAUGAAACAUUUGAAGAGUGCCGAUGAAGUAUAUGAGGACAUUAUUCAGAAAAGUAGAGCUAUACCUGGGGACAGCCCUCCCAGCGUUGAGCCACUUUAUGAAGGAAUGACAAUUGAAGACUAUCUAUACGAGUCUUUAGUUGUGGAACCUGAAUUCAAACUAGAUGAUGCCCAACAGAUGGGACAAAUUGAUGACACUAGCUUUGAGUCUGUAAAGAAACUCAGGUCCCCAGAGGACGUGUACGAGGAAAUGAUGCAGAAGAAAAGGGAACUGAUGAUGAUAGAAGAAGAGUUCCAACAGGCCCAAACUGCCAUGGAAUCCUCCACAUCCGAUACGUCUAUUAACGUUCUAUCCCCAGAUGUCGAGACCUGUGUGGUGACCAUCAUCACAGAACAGCCAACCCCUCCGGAUGAAACUGAAAGGAUUAUCUACGUGGCUGAUUAUGACAAUGAUCUAACGGUGAAGAAAAAGAAGCGACCAGCUCCACCUCGGCCCUCUGCUCCGCCUAAACGGGUGGGGGAGAGGACUGAGGUAACGAGUGCCCCCACCACACCAACUGGAAUAGGCUUUGUUAGGCCAAUGACACCUCAAGAUCCUGCUCUGAGGAAAUCUCUGUUCCCUAUACCAGAUCUCAAGAUAACCCAAUGUUCGUCUGGUGAGGAUGAGGAGGACAGUUUCGCAGAGGAAUAUGGUGUUGGUAUGUCAUCUGAUAUUACUCCCAGUGAUGAUUCUGAUGCUAAAGAUGAGCCCAGUGCUAGCCCAACGUUUUCAGAAUAUGACAUGGAGCCUAUCAGUGUAGUGUGUGAGAUUCCAGAGGCUAGGCCUAUCCCAAAUCCAAUAUCUGCCCCGGAGUUAAUCACUACACCUUCCUCAGUAUCAUCGGUAUCCCCCCCAACUUCACCACCAACUCCAGACUUCAGUUUAGCAUCAAAUGCCACAUCUUCGUCAGAAGGAACCCCAUUGUCUACACCAAUGCCACCAACUGCUGUUGUAGCCCAGCCUCAAGCUAACAUGUCUCAGCCAUCAAUGGCCCCAAUUGUAGCUUUUCCAUCAACUGAAGAAUUAGUUUAUUCUCUAAAAUCCGUUAUAGUUACAAUACCAGAUGUGGUAUCUGACCCAGAGAGAUUUUAUGCAACAGUCUCAGGUCCAAAUGAGGUUUCUCAAGCUCGUAGUCUAAAUCAAUACUCAAAACAGAUUGCAGAACAUGUAGGUAUUCAAAUGCCAGCCCUGGCUUCCUCACCAUUUGAAAUGCACACUAGGGCUUCAACUGCCGUGUGUGUAUCAACACCAGGGCCAACACCUGCUGUUGUUUCAGCAACAACAGCACCCAUUACAGCACCAGCUGUAACUCCAGCGUCCAUUCAAACUAUAUCCCCAGUAGCCACCCCUUUGCCAUCCCCUAGGCCUUUCAUUGUUCAAAUGCCAGAUUUGGUUUCUACUACAACCCCUCUCACACCACAGGCUCCACUACCAGUUUCUGCACUGGUAACUUCCCCCGUUUCAGCAAAAGCCACCAUAGUCCACUCAUUCCCUGUUCAGGAGGCUGUCCAAUUGCCCACGCCAGUGAUAGUUCAUGCUCAAGCUCAAACAGCUACUGUGUCGUCAUUAACUUCUGGAACAACUACAGUGAUCAAAAGGAAAGUGCCCCCGCCACCGCCUCCUCGAUCUACGUCUGUUUCCCUCUCUGCCGUGGACCCUUCACCUAUCAAUACUGUGCAAAACAGCUCCCAUACUAUGACCACUACAACAGCUACAGUUGCUGGCCAACCAAUGCAGUCUGUAUUUGUGGAUAUACAGCCAUGGAUGGAUACCCAACAUGACAAUGUUUCUGUUCCCCAAGUGGUUCCUCCAACAAGACAAGGACAUGUAGUUAUUAUAGUACCAAGUGUUGAAAACACUGCUUUUCUUGGUCGAUCCACAGAAGAUGAAUCAAGUACCUUAACUUCCGCUGCUCAGUUGACGCAUGGGAAUGUGGCUCAUGUGGCUCCCAUUGUGUCCAGUAAAGAAACAACAUUGAUGAAAGCUCUGCCGGUUGCACCCCCAAUUCCAACUGUUUCCUCUAAACCAAUUGCUGCAAGAACUACAGACACAGUAGAAAUACGAGUUGCAGAAACUCCUCCACCAAUCGCUGUCCCUUUGCCAAUGGUAUAUUCAAACCUACCUGUCUUAAUUUCACCGGCCCCAUCUGUUGUUUCAAUAUCCACAGCUAAAACAUCACAAGCCCCUGUAACAUUAUCAAGCCCUAGUCAUUCUGUAAAACCUCCACCACCCAUACCUCCAAAGCCUGUUUCUAUUCCAGCUGGACUGGUGUUCAGCCAUAAACCAGGGGAAAGUGUCAAACCACCUGCUCAUCCUGUGGCUCACAAAGCUGCAACACUUCCAAGAACAAGAGAACCCCCGAACGCUUUGUCAUUCAGUUUGACUAGACCCGUAGAAUCUAGACUGAGUGCCACGUCUCCGAAGUCUCCGUUGUCACCUAGACACGGUAAAUGUUUGCAAACCUAUGUAGUCAUAACUCUUCCAUCUGAGCCUAGCUCACCAACUGAGAGCAUAACUGUUCAGGCUCCAGUAAGGAGAGGGUCUAUUUCUGCAACAAGAAUUUCAGGAGUACGUACCACACCAACAGAGCAAAACAGAUUCACUGAGGUCUUUUCUGCCCCAGCGACAUUAUGCAGGGCAUCGGUGCCCACUGUAAGACAUACACCUCCAAUAUCAGUAGUUACAUCUGCUGUAGAAGCGCCAGUCCUAGUCUCUGAGUCAAGUACUGUUACUGCCCAAAUACAGAGAAACACGAAUCAAGCUCUAGCAGAACAACAUCUCUCAUCAGUGCCUUCUGCCAUGGCAGAGACAUCAGGUCAGCAAGGUCUAAUUCAAUCUUACAGUGUUCCACCUCCUAUCAAGAAACCAUAUUUACACCUGACGGCAAAACAAAUGGAGCUAUUUUCUCAGCCAGCUCCGUUGACGUCUCAAAUCAUCACAAUGCCUCUAGAGCCGGCGGCUCCUGUUGAACCCUGUGCUGUCCAAGUCACUGCCCUAACACCAUCUAUUCCCUCUGGGGAAUCAGAAGUCAUAGACAUUACAUAUGAAACAUCUGUGGUUGAAAUACCUACUGAAGUGCUUUCUGUGGCAGAAAACAUCAUGCAGCAACAGCCCAGAGAAAUACCUGUUCCUCAUUAUGUGAGCCAAGAAAUACAUGUUGAAUAUCCACAAGAGGCUACUCAUGUUGAAUAUCCACAAGAGGCUACCAUGCUCGCAAGCACAGUACCCAUUCCAUUGGCGGCCCGGCAAGUAUCAUCACCGGUAUCUGCGAUGUAUGAGGAUAUUUUCAUACCAACAGAGGUCAUAUCUCACAAGGCUGUUGCUGAAAUACCAUUACAAGAAGUGGUGCAGCAUUCAGUUGUUCAUAGAGCACCCACUGGAGUUGAUGCAGUGACCCCCCCUCCAAAUGUUGAGUUGGCUACGGAGGUUAUUUCAACUCAUGUCGGAGUUCCAGCAUUACUCGCAGCUUCACCAUUUACUCCCGAUGCUUCAGUGGCUUUCCCAUUAACUGGUGUACAUGCAGCAAUGUCAGUAGUUCCGGAAAAUAGACCAACCCCUGUUGUUAUGGAAGAGACACUAAUGCCAUUGUAUCAAGCGAUACCUCCUGCCAUUUACAACCCACUGGCAUAUGUAUCUGCACCUCCAGUGAUGCCACAAGCGGCAACAGUAGUAGAUGCUAUUCUGAUGCACCCUGUAUAUGAGAUACCUACAGAGAUCAUACCAGAACCGGUAAUCGAGCAUCAGAGAGUAACUAGUGCAAUGGUUUUCCUACCACAGUCCGAAAUACAAAUUGGUGUUAUUAAAACUGAGGCCAUAACUACAAGUAGAAGAACUUCUAUAUCAUCAAUAGUUCAACCAUCAUACACCAUGGGUGAGAUGUCUAUCUACCCCUCAGAAUAUGACAUCCCAACACAAGUGGUCACAACAGACGCAAUUGCUACCACCAGACAGGAAUCAAUCACCAUGCAACAGCCAUUCCCACUGGCACAUGUGGGAACUACACCAAAAAUGGAAAUACCUCUGGAUGUAUAUGGCUCUCCUCAAAACCUGUACAACAAAGAUUAUGUUCAUUUUGUGCACCAACCACAUGUGUUAACAUACUCCCCAUGUCUUCAUGAUGCUCCUAAAGAUAUUUUAACUUCUGGAGGUUAUACAAGAAGAACCUCCAUACCUUCAGUCCAGGAAAUGCAUCAGUCAGUGCCUGUGGCCCCAGUCCUCAUCACUGAGAUUCAUCAAGAUUCUAUUGAGAGCCAGAAGGUACAGAGUCACAUGUACUCUUCCUCCAUCUCCACCUCAGGUCAGCCUCUGGAAAACCUUCAGAGUAGAGUGAUGAAGGUGGUUACCACUGAAGUUCAGAGGACCACUGUGUCGGUUGUCCAUGAAAGACUACCACAGGUCAUUCCACCGAGUGUCGAAAUAACAAUACAACCCGAAAUCACGAAGGUUCAAACCCUGCAAAAACCGAAUGGGAAGGGGGUCUAUCCCAGUGAUGUUAUUGAUCUGCGCACAAUGAAGGUCGGUGUCAAGAUGACUGACAGUGGCAUGGAUCUUACCCCUACCCACUCCCGCCGACAGUCAUUUUCUAGCGACUCUAGUGGUAGACAAAUCACAGCUGUGCAGCCUGAGAUAGUGAACCUUAGUCCAGUGAUUACCACAGCUACAACUCUCUCAGUUGUAACUGAUAGCAUAACAAUAGUCACAUGCACCGCCACCAUUGCAUCAUACAGCACUCCGGCAGAGAGGCCUCUGGACUUACAGGGCAGCAUAACCUCUAUGCCUUUGGCUCUUGCCACAGGCAAAACAUUUGAGCCAAUGGCACAAAUUGUGUACAGGCCUCUGGACCCCCUACCUGUUGCACCUGUUAGCACCAUGGCAAGUAUUCAAGACGCACCCAUGAAUCUUUCUUUCGGAGCCAUUACCCCUGUUGUUGAAAGACACACUUCAGUUUCUGUUGGCAAUGGAUAUCCCGUCAUUUCACUGGAGGCUACUGGUGCCAUGGAUCUAUCAAACUACAAACCGAUGAGGGCAAUUGUAGCUUAUUCUAGCACGAGUCCUGGAGUGGUCACCACUGUUGUGGAGGAUGAUGAUGCCUCUCCAGUGGAUUUAACAGCUGCGAGAAGAAGUGUGUGCUGUGAUGUCAUCUAUAAACUACCAUUCACCAGAAGCUGUAGAACACAGCCACCAGUUACCGCCCAGCCCGACAACCGCCUCGGGUACAGAGACUACCACUACAAUACUGUAGCGACAUUCGGUGUCAAAGGAGUGGAUAUAAUUAAAGCCUCUGCAUCUGAGACAAAUCUGGCAGAAUCUGGACUUUUUAGCUAUGAGCCAAAGAAUGGCUUUGCAUACUUUAGUGGAUCAUCGGACGGAGCAGUAGACCUAACACCGUCUCAACUUUCUGCUGGUACAGCCAUAGACUACACCAGCAAAGCAGCAGAAGAAUAUGCUGGGAUGGCCAUGGUUCCAUAUUCCCAGAUCCCUGCAAUUGGAUAUGGCGUAAAUAAUACAUUAAGGACCUCAGAUGGAUUUGUGUACUCCUCUGUAUCAGCCCCAAUCCAAUCCUAUGCUGUAACUACUCAGCCUGGCUCAAUUUUCAGUGCUACCUUACCUUCUACAACCGCCCUCCAGAACCAACUAGUGCCACACCCCUAUGGCUUCCUUCCCACCCCAGAUCCUAGCCAGAUCAUUCCUCUUGACGUUGGGCUGCAUAAGGAGCUGGUGCCAUCAGCCCUCUCUGAACUUCUCACUGGCUACCCUGAAAUGUACUCAGACACAACCCUGGAAGCCAUUGCAGCUUCCCUCGACGCUCUGGCCUCCUCGCCUAUGUUCCCCGGUCUGGACAACACCAAGAUGGCCCAGUAUCAAAUGGAGAGGGAGUUUCUGGAAUUAGAGAAGCUGAAGCAGCUUUGCUUGGCUGAAGAACUUGAGUGGGAGAGGCACGAGAUUCAGCGUUACCGGGAACAAGAGCAGUUGAUGGUCCAGAGAGAGCUUGAGGAGCUCCAGUCGUUGAAACAGCAGCUUCUAUUACAGCAAGAGGAGGAACAUCAUGCGCAUAUGGUCGCUCAGCAGGAGACGUAUACUCAGCAGAAAGAGCAGCUCCAACAAAUACAGCAUCUCCAACUGCAGCUCCAGCAGCAACUGGAUGACCACUAUAAGACCUCAGGUAGCCCAGGCAACCUCUUAGAUGCUAAAUAUGCAGGCGUAGGGGAUAAUGGCCAGUACUGGCCUGUUAGAGAUGAGGGUACAAGUCCCAUUCCAAGAGGGGUACAAUUAGAUGGAUGCCAGGAUCAGCGGAUCAAAAAGCUUUCAGAUGGUUCUAGGCAGGCAGAUCAGGACACAGGGAGGAAGAUAGUGGAUAGUGGUGUACAGACAGACGACGAAGACUCCCCAGACAAGCAGCAUGUCGGGAGGAAAAAGAGAAACAAGAGAAAUGAUGACAGCAGUGCCCAGACGGAUGAUGAAGAUCAGGACGAGUGGGAUACGCCCACGCGUUCUCGGCGGCGGACCCGUAAGCACAGUGGCGAAGGGAAACAUGCUUCGAGAGUAUCCAGCAUAGCGGUCCAAACCGUGGCAGAGAUUUCCGUUCAGACCGAUCACUCUGGCUCCCUCAAAAGGCCCAACAUGCAGAUGGAUACUAAGGUUGAAAUCAUCAAGCACAUCUCAGCCCCCGAAAACUCCAAGAGAGGAGGCAGUUUGAGCUGUCAAACAGACUCAGACAGAAGGCACCCUGAGAUUGGAUUUACAGCACAUUUUAUCACAGAUACCCCUGCAAAAACAAGGGUAAGCUACUCCCCUGUCUCGCCACUGUCCCCGGAUAAAUCGAUGGGAGGCAAGAAGAUGCUGACUGCUGACCCAUCCAGGUUUUCCUCGAGCCCCAGGAUGCUGAAACCAGGGCAGAAAUCUCUGUCCGAUCCCAAGUCACUCAGUCCGAGCACUGAUGAGAGGAUCAGUGGAUACUAUGACAGCUUUACUGGCCGAUGCUCUCCUUCUGGCACCGGUAAGAAAGUGAAGCGGACUCUGCCUGACCCCCCCCCUGAGGACGACUCCCUGACCGGCCGGUCAGGCUACAGCACCAACUCCGCCCGCCGCCGGCUCGCCCGCAACACAACGAUGGCGCGGGCCAAGAUCCUGCAGGACAUCGAUAAGGAACUGGAUCUGGUGGAGAGAGAAUCCUCCAAGCUCCGUAAGAAACAGGCAGAACUGGAUGAAGAAGAGAAAGAGAUUGACGCCAAGCUACGGUACUUGGAGAUGGGCAUUAACAGACGGAAGGAUGCCCUGCUGCAGGAGAGAGAGAAGAGAGAAAGGGCCUACCUCCAGGGGGUGGCUGAGGAGAGAGACUACAUGUCCGACAGUGAGGUCAGCAAUAUCAGAGAGACGAGGGGCGAGGGGCGGGAAAGGCCCCGUACGGCUCCCCAGUCCGAGUUCGACCAGUUCAUCCCUCCGCAGACGGAAGCUGACUCCCAGUACUCCACCCUCACCAGUCCCUACUCCCACUAUGCACAGUAUGCGCCUCAAACCCAGACCACCAGCCAUUACACCCAGCAGAACAUUUACCCGCAGCAGUCGCACUACCACGACCAGGUGUCCCCCUACCAAACCGUAGCUGACCAUUCCCUCGGCCAGUCCCAGCACAGCAGUUACCAGCACGCGCUGCUCCUGCAGUCGGGGAAGCAGCGACAGACCAACAUCUCUGACCUGGAGCCGAAGAUCACCACCAACUACGAGGUGAUCCGGAACCAGCCUCUGCUCAUUGUGCCAGCCUCCACAGACAGCGGCUACGAGGUGGCCCACCUGGGGGGGAAAUACGGAAGCCUUGACCUGAGGCUGGGGCUAGAGGAGAGGAGCAUGGCCUCCAGCCCGAUGUCCAGCAUCUCCGCUGAGUCCUACUAUGCGGAUAUAGAACACCACAAUGCCAGGAACUAUGUGCUGAUUGACGACAUAGGCGAACUGACCAAGGGAUCCACAGGGUUGGGUUCUGCCGGCCUGGGGUCUGGGUUCAGCCUGCCUGAUAAGGACCUGUCCAAGGCGGAUAGACUGCUUCGAGCUGCAGAGGCCAGACGCACAGCAGAGGUCGCAGAUUUCUUAGGGCAGUCUCGGCUGCAGGGUUACGUGAAAGGGGACGACGACACCAUGGAAGAGCCUUAUGAGCUGAAGCUCCUGAAGCAGCAGAUCAAGCAGGAGUUCCGACGAGGAACCGAGGGACUGGAACAUCUCACAGGUUUGGGCCUGCCUCAAUACCUCCCUAGUGACGCCAACUUCCGUCAUUUCCCCAAAGGAGAAAAGUACAGCAUUGGCAGACUGACCCUGGAAAAACAGGCUGCAAAGCAAUUACCUGCCGCCGUUCUUUACCAGAAACAAGUCAAAAAUAAAAAGGCCCAGAUAGAUCCAAAAGCGAUCACCAAAUGUUCCCCUAUUCAAGAAAAUCGCGAUCUUGAACCCGACUACGGUAGCUAUAUGGGCUCUGGAUCCUCGUCUGUGACUAACCUAGCUACCAGGGCCAGGUUGCUGCAGGAUGAGAUCACGUUCGGGCUCAGGAAGAACUUAUCCGAACAGCAGAAAUACCUGGGCUCGUCUCUGGGGGCCAAUCUGUCUGGCUCUCUCAACCAAGGCCAGGCCCUGGGCCUGGGCCCCCCCAUGCGGUCCUCCGUCCACGACGACGGGACCUUCCCCAGCGGGAGCCGCUCCCGGCCCUCCUCGCGGCCCUCCUCGCGGCCCUCCUCCGUCUACGGUUUGGAUCUGUCCCUCAAGCGAGAUCUGUCCAGCUCUUCUCUACGGCUGAAAACGGAAGGGGAGGUCCUGGACGCGGCGUUCGCCCCCGGGGUGGCCAGGGCCAAACCCACCAGCCUGCCCAUCAGCCAAAGCCGUGGGCGUAUCCCCAUCGUGGCCCAGAACUCGGAGGAGGAGAGCCCCCUGAGCCCCGUGGGCCAGCCGAUGGGCAUGGCCAGGGCCUCGGCCGGCCCCCUCCCCCCCAUCUCCGCCGACUCCCGGGACCAGUUCGGCUCCAGCCAUUCGUUGCCAGAAGUGCAGCAGCACAUGAGGGAGGAGUCUCGCACGCGAGGUUACGACCGAGACGUUGCCUUCAUGAUGGACGACAUGCAGGGCGCCAUGUCUGACAGCGAAGCCUUAAGUGACUCCAUGUUGGCUUUGAACAGAGAUGAUGCCAGAAUCUUUCAUGAGAGUAUCAGACACGCUGGAGGCCCAAACUGGAAUAUAGAAGCCUACCACCUGAGGCGGGAGGACACGGAUUGGUUUGAUAAGCCAAGAGAAGGACAUCCGCAGAGUGGACACAUGCUGGACAAGAGACAGAUGAGGCUCAUCACGUACGCCUUCCCUCACGCUCGGGUUACCCUCAAGAGAGACCUUAAGGACUCCAGUGUGUCAGGGAACGGUCUGGGGAUCCGAGUGGUUGGUGGGAAGGAGAUUCCCGGGAGCAGAGGGGAGAUAGGAGCCUAUAUCGCCAAGGUCGUUCCUGGUGGAGUAGCCGAAAGCACCGGGAAGAUUGUGGAAGGAAUGCAGGUGUUGGAGUGGAAUGGCGUCCCUCUGAUGGGGAAGACGUAUGAGGAGGUGCAAUGUAUUAUGGGCCAGCCAUGUGCAGAGGCGGAGCUCUGCGUCCGCCUUGACCUCAACAUGCUGUCGGACCACCCUCAGGCCUUGGAUAACCAUGCGAUGCUUAAAGCCGGCGGGCAGCGGUCCCCGGGCGUAGACCCCCAGCAGCUGGCCGCCGAGCUGCAGAAGGUGUCCCUGCAGCAGUUCCCGGGCGUGACCGGAGCAGGGCCCCAGAGCCAGGGGGGGCUGGGCGUGCUCUCUGCCCUGGAGCGCUCCACGCUGCUGCACUCGGGUCCCGGGUCGGCCGCGUCCAGCGGCGUGCCCAGCCCCGGCCAGCCGGGCUCUCCCGCCAUCAGCAAGAAGCAGCGCCACAACGCCAAGUCAACUGAGACGUUGAGGACCCAAUCCCAACUGGUCACUGGAGAAAUCCAGCUCCAGAUCAACUACGACAGGAACCUGGGAAACCUGAUAGUCCACGUUCUGCAGGCCAGGAACCUGGUUCAGCGGGAGAGCAACAGCUACUCAGAUCCCUUCGUCAAGGUCUACCUGCUACCUGGAAGAGGACAAGUCAUGGUUGUCCAGAAUGCAAGUGAUGAGAACAAGAGGCGGACCAAGUAUGCCCAGAAGACCCUGAACCCUGAAUGGAACCAGACAGUCAUCUACAAGAACAUCCACCUGGAGCAGUUAAAGAAGAAAACUUUGGAAGUCACCGUGUGGGACUAUGGCAGAUCGUCCUCCAAUGACUUCCUGGGCGAAGUGAUGAUCGACCUCUCGAACACUGCUCAGCUGGACAACACGCCCCGCUGGUUGGCCCUGAUGGAGCAGAGCGAGAGCGUGGAGCCGAACAGAGUCCAGCAGCACCACCACUCCGCCCAGGACCCCCCGGGGUCCGGGGCCGGCCAGCCCAUGGGGCAUAUGUCCCUGGGCCCCGGGAUGAUGAUGGGGGGGCCCGGCCAUGGUAUGACCCACAGCCACCGUGACCAGGGACAGGGAGACGGUGGCCAAGAGUCCCCCAAGAACUCUGUGAUCAAGAGCAGAAGCCACGGGAUCUUCCCAGACCCAGCCAAAGACAUCCUGAUGACCCCCCUGGAGAAGUCCCACAGCAGCCCCGGCAGCUCCAAGUCCUCCUCGGAGGGCCAGCUACGCUCCCACGGGCCGUCCCGCAGCCAGAGCAAGAGCAGCGUCACUCAGGCCCACCUGGAGGACGCCGGCAUCGCCAUAGCGGCCGCCGAGGCCGCCGUGCAACAGUCCCGCCUCCAACCAAGGCCGGGCCACCGUCUGGGAGACGUCUCGGGGUCUGUAGUUCUGUCCGCCCCCAGCCUGGUAGGGGACGGGUACGGCACCCUGGACAGAGAGGACGCCGCGGGCACUGGCAUGGACAGCGCCAUCUUCCAGGUGCCGCGGAUCGGUAAGACCAUUACCAACGACACGGACGACCACCGGCUCGACACUCUAGAAAAUGAAGGCGGUAAAACCCAGAUGAUGGGGGAGAUCAAGGUGGCUCUGAAGAAGGAGGUUAAGACCGACGGAGACCAGCUGGUCUUGGAGGUGCUCCAGUGCAGGAACAUCACCUACAAGUUCAAGAGCCCGGAUCACCUCCCUGACCUGUACGUGAAGCUGUACGUGGUGAACGUGGCCACACAGAAGAGGAUCAUCAAGAAGAAGACCAGGGUCUGCAGGCACGACCGGGAGCCCUCCUUCAACGAGACCUUCCGCUUCCCGCUCAACCCCACAGGACACUCCAUACAGCUCUUCCUCGUGUCCAACGGAGGAAAGUUUGUGAAGAAGACUCUGAUCGGGGAGGCCUACAUCUGGCUGGACAAGGUGGACAUGAGGAAGAGGGUCGUGAGCUGGCACAAGCUGCUUGUGAGCACCAAUCAGAGCAACCUCUGAGGAUGAGUAUGAUGAUGAUGACGAUGAUGAUGAUGAUGAUGAUGAUGAUGAUGAUGAUGAUGAUGAUGAUGGCAUCACGUCAUCAAGCAAGAGAGACUGGGGGGAGCGGGGGAUCUCCAGGGGGUCAGGAACAGGAAAGGUCGGACAACAAACUCAUCUCACAGAUAUACACAUUUUGUUAUGGAAGCGAGGAGAGGAGAGGAAAAAAAUGAAAAAUCGAGACAGGGAGCACAAAGGGAUAUCUUUUUGAUUUGUUGGCCAGAAUAUGGCUUAUAAUCACGUCGAAGACUGUUUAUAAGGCAGAAACUGCCUGCAGACGUAUUGGCCGUGUCCUGGUUCGAAUACGAUUAGUAUGCAAAUCACCGCAGCAGGCAACCAAUAGGAAUUCAGCAGCAAUACAGCUGAGAGACUCGAUGUCCCUCUCACUACAUAUGCCCCCCCCUCUCCGACAGGCCAUCCCAACCUGUGAGUAGACCCUACCGCGACUGGACUCGUCGCUCAAAGCAUUCCCAAUGGAAAAUAUCAUAGAUAGAAAUGAUAUGAUAUUUCUAUGAUCGCAAAGACGUUGAUCUUUGAAAAUACGUUUCAAAUGUUGGUUCUAUGUGUGUCCUCUGAAUAGUGAUGAUUGUGGUGUACUGUUGGUAUGGCUUCAGGAAGGUUUUUCAAUGUCUGAUUGUGAAGGAAUGCCCUAACGUCCGUCCAGUGUAUGAUAGAUACUACAACCCAGACGGUUGACCAUGGCAUGAAAAUAAUGUGAAUUGUUUCAAAUGUGUACAUAUCAAACAUAUAAAUAUAUUCGAUUCUAUAUGUGUUUCACAUAGAGUCUAGUGUGAGACGUAUAAAAGAUACUAUCCGAUACAUUCUAUGUCCAAACACAGAUUCUAAGUAGGAGCUGUCCUCUGCAAAGAUUAUUGUCCGUGUCUAUCAAGAUGAAAACAUAUAUUAUAAUUAACUAUUAUAACUAUUAGAUUCAACAUAUAGACAUACUCACUGUCUCUCUCUAUGGGUGGCGCAGCGACAAUCCAGAAGGCUACUGUUUUCCAGAGCGUUGUACAGACUCUGUAGCUGGUUUAAUACGUGACUGUGGACCUCAAACCGUUCCGUUUCCUACAGCAGGUCGCAGUGUUACUGUGGCUAUGAACACAUGGCUGAUCGAUUUAAAGAAGCAUCGAAGGUCAGAUAGCAUACACUUUCACAACGAUCUUGUCUCUCUCUGUAUCUCUCUCUGUCCCCGUCUCUCUGUGUGCUGCAUGCAAGGCUGCGUGGAGAAAGUAGGAUCAUACAGGAGAAUAUAUUGUGAUAUACAGGCCUAUAAUUAUAUAAUUAUGGGUGCUAACAUCAGGUCGAGGGAAAUGCCAUAAGGAAUGUUAUACAUGCCAACUGUUGGUGUCGCUAGGUUCAAUUAAUUUAGUCUUUUUUUUGUUUUUUUCAAAGAUACAUUAAUAUUGGUGUGAUUGUUCAGAUAUCACUAUCAUGUCUCUGUCCGGAAUAUUUGUUUACGAUUCACACCAAACCACAAUGUGUCAAAAUACUUGUUUGUUAACUAAAGGUCGCGCUCCCAAGUUGUAUCUAAAAGGAAUAUGACAAAAGCAUUGAAAAGAAAUGACUCGAGGAAAAUUGAGAAAAGAGAAAAAAGGUUACUAUACUAUCCCUACAUUCAUUUUGGUACGAGGCCUGCUCUAUGCUUGCUAUGCUGGUGUGUGUCAGUCACUCUCACUGCCUGUGACCAAAGCACUUCGACGAUCCAAUGAGGUUCAUUCCAAAAAACCUGCUGAAUUCAAGGCUCGGGGUCGGCAAUUACAACGCUACACUAGUCGCUGCAUUUGUUGCCAUAUCAACAGUGUAGAGAGGGACACCUACAGGCGACUCUCUGAACUGCAGUCUUGAGGCAUAAGACAGGGCUGAUGAAUUAAUUAUAUAUUUUUUAAAUCUUUAUUCGUUUGUUUGUUUGUUUAUAUUUAUGUCAAAAUCUGCAUUUAAAAUUGAGAUAGUGACAAUUAAUUGAGAUAAUAAAUGACUUAUACUGUACCUAAAGCAAAUUAAUGAUAAUGAUUAAGUUAAUAAAUGAUGAAUGAAUGGUUUUUGGAAAAGAAAAAAAACAACAACUUAGUUGUGCCAACCUUGUUUUUUUAUUACAAGUCCUUAUGUUUUGUUGAGGUAAUUCUAUGCAAGAGCUGUAUAUGUGUGUGAAUGCAUUUCUUCUUGAAUAUUUGACUUUAUUGUCUGAAAAAGGUACAAUAUAGAAUAUUUAAUUUUUUCAAUUUCACAUCAUUGAAGGUCAAUUCAAAAAACUUGUUUUUAUAAAUAUUAAAUUGUGAUGUUAACACCUGUUUACAGGGGGACAAAGCUUGUGCACUUUAGUAUAUCUUUAUUUUCUGGUCUUCUUUGUUUGUGUCUGGACAUGCGAGUUUGGGUGUCGGUGUUAUGUUGAAACGAAUAGAAUCAUAACGUUGGUGGCAUUUGAAAAGUAUCUUGUGUGCAUUUUGCGUCGAGAAUAAAAAAAAAAUAAUUCUAACGGGGGUUUUCUGAUCAAUGCACAAUCUGUGGAUACAUCUUGCAUAUUCAAUUAUAGUUCUUCUGGACCGUUUACAAGCCCGUGAGUUGAAAUCACAGUUGACGAAAGACUUGGGUAAAAUGCCAAGGCAUCAGUUUAACCGCCCCCCCCCCCCCUCUCUCGUAUUUAGACAUUCUCCUCCAGCGAUACACUGUUGGUGUGGAUCUGCUGUAAUCCUGUGAAACCUGUCCGUGUGUCCGUUCACCAUUGGGGUGUGAAUGUUGAAUGGGGUUGUUUGUUUGAUUUCAUGUAAAUACAGUAUUUUUUUAUUUUCUACAAAAAGGUUGUGAAUGUUUAUGUUGUCCGAGGUUUGAGCAUGUGUGUGUCAAAAUAAAAAGAAGAAAAAAACAAACACUGACUUAUGUAAAGGCUUAACCACUAGAGCCUAGAGGCGUGUCUUCAGUUCAACCAACGGGAGGUGACUGUUUGUCCAAAACUGUGUGCUGUCUACCGAUGACUAUCUGUGCAACCAUAAAUGGAUUGAAACAACAAUGAGAGUAAAAGAGAAAAAUAAUCUACUCUACUUCAAUCGUCGUCUGAGAAUUUCCGUUUUGUAUGUUGCAUGUUUCGUUGAUGGUUUGUCUGUAUAUUUUGCCUCCAAGUUACGUUUGAAAAGAGAAAAUAUGUAUAGAUUUAUUGUUAUGCUGAUUGUAUAGAAAUAUGCUUGUACAAUUGUCCUGUUUUUUCACUCUGUGCAAAAACAAAGAAUCUAAUGUUAUGGUUUUGUUGUUGUACACAGGAUGUGUUAAGAUAUGCAAAUUGUGCUGGAAAAAAAUCAGCUGUUUCACCAGAGUCUAACAAAUAAAUAUAAAGAAGAGCUUCUAUUCAACAAUC